AUGGCAGUUGCUCAGGCUGUCGACCUCCUCCUCCAACUUGAACACCACCCUCUUACCCCCAAUUCCCAUCCUGACCCAAAGACUCUGGCUAUCGUCUCGUCUCGGCCUACUAGCGCGAGAUAUGCUUCUAGCCGGUAUCCUACCCAUCCCUCCACCCUGUCGCAACGACCAUCAGCCUGCCUACAAUUCCCCGCACCAGUCGCUCUACCUGCUUCUCCUUCGCUCCGUAUCGGAGACGAGUAUUCGAUUCCGACCCGGGGCGGCGCGCAGAUGGCCGGCACAGGCGCUCUGGAGUCCGCUGCCGUGGUCUAG